GGCGCCUGCGCUCUGGCCGCCUCGCCGUGUCACCCGCGCUGCCUGCCCGCCAGCCCCACCCCCUCGGUGCGGCGACUCCACCGGGCGAGCUGCAGAGGGGGAUCAGGCGCACCGCGGACCCCUUCCCGCCUUGUGGCUCAGGCUCCUCUGGGAAGAGCGACCUCCGCGGUUGUCUCCGUGCGGCUGCUGCUUUGGCGGUUUCGUGCCGCGUCCCGCCGAGGGCCCCGAGGGCGAGUGGGACGUGCGCGCUGCGCGGACCCCCGCGGCCCGGCCCAGGGCACUUGGUACAGCCUAGUGCUUCAUUUCCCGUGCGCGGCCCGAGCUGCCCUUCCUUUCCUGAGCUCCCCAGCGCCCACCGGUUCCUAAUCAGUGGUCGCCCCGUCCUCGGCCGGCGUGAGGUCGGAGCAAAAAUGAGGAGCGGGAAGGCCGCUGGCGCCCUGGAGACCGUCUGGGAGGACAAGUGCAAAUAUGAAGAGGCCGAGCGGCGCUUCUACGAGCACGAGGCCGCCCAAGCCGCCGCCGCGGCCCCGGCCCCACAGCUCCUGGCCGAGGCGCCAGCCGUGAACGGGCCUGGCCAGGACACCAAGGACGCUGGCGAGGCAGAAGGCCCUGACCCUGGCAGCAGGAGUGACCCCAGGGACAACCAUGAAGGCAGGAGGCCCCUACAGAAGAGGAAGCGCUCCCCGAAGGGCUGGCUCGGCCGGGCGGACUUGGCCCUCGUGGGCCUCUCGGCCGACCCCGUGUGGGUAGACACGCAGCCCCUUUCGACCAGGCGGAGCGCUGCUCCCGCCAGAGGCUGGCCGACUCGGCCGCCCAGGCAUCGCGACUGCCCGCCCUGGCCCCUCGCAGUUCCUGCACCCAUGGCAGCCAGGUGGCCUGCCACCAUGUGACCUGGGGGGUCUGGGUCAACAAGUCCUCCUUCGACC